AAGAAAAUAUGGAAAACGCUACAAUGCGCACCACGCACACAUUUUAACGGCUUUCGCAGCACCUGACUGAGAAUCCACUGGUGAUCUCCUCCUCCCUCUCAUGGCGUCCACGAUCCCCGAUGAGAUGCUCGGCCCCGUCCCGACCUCUGGUUCCAAUGGCGUCUCUGUCUUUGCCGACGUAGUCCAGGCCCCUGAGGACCCGAUCCUUGGUGUCACCGUGGCGUUCAACAAGGAUCCGUGUCCGAUGAAGGUGAAUUUGGGUGUUGGGGCGUAUCGGACUGAGGAAGGGAAACCGCUUGUUCUGAAUGUGGUCAGGCGAGCCGAGCAGAUGCUGGUGAAUGAUAGUUCUCGUGUCAAAGAAUAUCUCCCAAUUACUGGCUUGGCAGAUUUUAAUAAACUGAGUGCUAAACUAAUCUUUGGUGAUGACAGUACCGCUAUUCAAGAAAAGAGGGUGACAACUGUACAAUGCCUAUCAGGCACUGGCUCCUUGAGAGUUGGAUCUGAGUUUCUUGCCAGACAUUACCAGCAACGCACUAUUUACAUCCCACAACCAACUUGGGGAAACCAUCCCAAAGUUUUUGCAUUAUCAGGGUUGUUUGUAAAGACUUAUCGUUAUUAUGAUCCAGCAACUCGGGGCUUGAACUUUCAAGGUUUGGUAGAAGACCUCAGCUCAGCUCCAUCGGGAGCAGUGGUGCUCCUUCAUGCUUGUGCACAUAACCCAACUGGUGUAGAUCCAACAGUUGAGCAGUGGGAACAGAUUAGGCAGUUGAUGAGAUCAAAAGCAUUACUUCCUUUCUUUGAUAGUGCUUAUCAGGGAUUUGCUAGUGGCAACUUGGAUGCAGAUGCACAGCCUAUUCGCCUGUUUGCUGCAGAUGGUGGUGAAUUGCUAGCUGCCCAAAGUUAUGCAAAAAACAUGGGUUUGUAUGGGGAGCGUGUUGGAGCCCUUAGCAUUGUUUGCAAAACUGCUGAUGUAGCUGCAAAGGUUGAAUCUCAGUUGAAACUUGUCAUCAGACCCAUGUAUUCCAGUCCCCCCAUUCAUGGUGCAUCUAUUGUGGCCACUAUUCUUAAAGACAGUGAAAUGUACAAUGAGUGGACUAUUGAGUUGAAAGCCAUGGCUGACCGUAUAAUCAGCAUGCGCCAUCAGCUGUUUGAAGCCUUGCGUGAAAGAGGAACACCAAGGGACUGGACUCAUAUCGUUAAACAAAUCGGGAUGUUUACUUUCACAGGGCUAAACACCGAGCAAGUUGCCUUUAUGACCAAGGAGUACCACAUUUACAUGACAUCUGACGGGAGGAUCAGCAUGGCCGGUUUGAGCUCUAAAACAGUACCCCUGCUCGCUGAUGCCAUUCAUGCGGCUGUCACGCAUGUUAACUAAAUCUGUUUACUUGACAUUUUCUGGUUUAAUCCAUGUUCUAUCAGUAUCAAGUUUUGCCAAUAGUUCCUAUUUGGCCUAAUCCCCUUGAAUAAAGUAAACUAAUUCCAGCUAUGUUCUUCACUCCUUGUUCCAAAUUGGAGUGAAAACUGGACAUAUCCUUUGAUCAUCAGUAAUGCCGAAGUGGUUAUUUAUUUUUAUUUUGUCAUCAAUAGAGGCAUGUGACUCGUCUGGCUGUAGAUUGCAGCUGAAAACAAUUGAGUUUUCA